CGCCACCACUCACCGGCGGCCGCCAUCGCUGACAGAUCCUCCCUCCCACCCGCCUGCAUAAAUUCCUCCGCCAAUCACGUCGCCCCCGUCGCUCCCGAUUCCCCCGGAAUCUUGUCGCUUUCUUUUCGUUCCCCAUUCCUCGUCGUCCUCUCCUCCUUCCUUCCGAUCGGGGAUUCGGAUUUGGGGAUUAGUAUUGCCGGGGUAGGACGCAGCGGCGGCGGCGGCGGAGAGGAUGGGGUACGUCGGGCAGCACGGCGUGGCGACGCUGCGGCGGUACAAGUACAGCGGCGUCGACCACUCGCUCGUCGCCAAGUACAUCCUCCAGCCCUUCUGGUCGCGAUUCGUCAACCUCUUCCCGCUCUGGUUCCCACCAAAUAUGAUUACUCUGACUGGUUUCAUGUUUCUAUUGACAUCAGCAUUUCUUGGCUUCUUUUAUUCUCCUCGUCUUGAUACAGCACCACCUAGAUGGGUGCACCUUGCACAUGGACUGCUUCUCUUCCUUUACCAGACUUUCGAUGCCGUAGAUGGUAAACAAGCAAGGCGUACAAACUCAUCAAGUCCUUUAGGCGAGCUAUUUGACCAUGGGUGUGAUGCGCUUGCAUGUGCUUUUGAGGCUUUGGCUUUUGGAAGCACGGCAAUGUGCGGAAGAGCUUCCUUCUGGUAUUGGUUCAUUGCUGCUGUCCCAUUUUACUGCGCAACCUGGGAACACUUUUUCACAAAUACAUUAAUUCUUCCGAUAGUCAACGGACCAACUGAAGGACUUAUGCUAAUCUAUUUGUGCCAUUUUUUCACUUUCUUCACAGGAGCUGAAUGGUGGGCACAAGAUUUCCGGAAGUCAAUACCCCUGCUAAACUGGGUACCUCUUGUUCCUGAGAUCCCAGUAUAUGGACUUGCAUUGUUUCUAAUGAUUGCUUUUGCUGUAAUUCCGACGAUUGGAUCUAACAUUCACAACGUGUACAAAGUAGUUGAGGCAAGAAAAGGAAGCAUGCUGUUGGCACUAGCAAUGCUCUUUCCUUUUUGUUUCCUGUUGGCUGGAGUUCUUGUCUGGUCCUAUCUAUCUCCUUCUGACAUAAUGAGGAACCAACCACAUCUGCUAAUUAUUGGAACUGGUUUUGCGUUCGGCUUUCUUGUGGGUAGAAUGAUUCUGGCUCACUUAUGUGAUGAACCCAAAGGUCUGAAGACGGGGAUGUGCAUGUCCCUAGCAUAUUUCCCAUUUGCAAUUGCAAAUGCGCUGACUGCACGGCUUGAUGAUGGAAGCCCCCUUGUUGAUGAGCAGCUAGUCCUCCUAAUGUACUGCCUAUUUACUGUGGCACUCUACAUGCAUUUUGCUACAUCUGUUAUCCAUGAAAUCACCAAUGCACUCGGGAUUCAUUGCUUCAGGAUCGCUAGGAAAAAGGCAUAAUUGUGGACCAUGCACAUUGUCUUGCUCUGGUUGGUAAUCAAGCAAACAUUACAUCUAGUCUGCAUGCGGAUGCUGCUCUCUAGACCACAUCUGCAAUUUCCAUUCCAGGGAUUGCUAUAAUCCGAGAUUCAAGUCAGCAUCAAACUUGCGUUGAUAAGGAAAGAACAUCUUUGGAAUAGUUGGAUUUUAUUUGUUGUAUCUUACCUAGAACUUAUCUUUCAAUGAUGCUCGGCAAAACUUGAUUUUUUGGGGGAAAUGUUGAGCUGAUUGGCAGAUGAUACUUUUGUAUUUUUUUUCACAUUGUAGCAUCACCUGAGAUGCAGGUGUACUAUUAAUGCUAAAAAUGAUGCAUAUUAUGAAUUCUGUAUGUGUGCCUUACAUAUAUUCAUGGUCUUUUAUUCUC